CGAUUAGCAUAGGGCCCUGAGGGGCCCAUUGACUUGUUUUGCAUACGCAUUGACCGACUUUUAGCCAGACACUAAUGUAAUUAGCGCCAUAUACCAAGUCGUACUGGCCAUUUGGCUAGCAGUUCAACGUGGCUAAUUAACGACUCAACAUCGCGGCAUUCCAAGGAAUACAGUGUUCAAAAGGAUAAGGAAAAGAAAAGGAUUAGGUCAAUUGCCUUGCCAAUGGUGCAAGGAUAUUCGGUGCAGUGCAGUGAUAGAGAAAAAGAAAUGUGAAAACUUCUUCAAUCUUUUAUCUUUGAUUUUGCUUUGAUUUUGUGCUAACAAAGGCCUCAUCAUGACUGAUACAAUGACUGAUGCCGAAAAGGCGGCUGGAUCUCGCCUGGAUUACGAUCUAAUGAUGGCCGAGGAGUAUAUACUGAGCGAAGUUGAGAAGAACUUUAUCUUAGCCUGCGAGCGUGGUGAUUUGCCAGGUGUCAAGAAAAUCCUUGAGGAGUACACUGAAACACCCUCUGAUAAGUUCAACAUUAACUGCACAGAUCCCAUGAAUCGAUCUUGCCUCAUUUCGGCCAUUGAGAAUGAGAACUUCGAUUUAAUGGUUAUACUGCUUGAGAACAAUAUUGAAGUUGGAGAUGCCCUAUUGCAUGCCAUAUCUGAGGAGUAUGUGGAGGCUGUGGAGGAGCUGCUGCAGUGGGAGGAAACCCAUCACAAGGAAGGAGAUCCCUAUAGCUGGGAAUCUGUGGAUCGAUCGAAAUCUACCUUUACCACGGACAUAACGCCACUGAUUCUGGCUGCACAUCGCAACAAUUAUGAGAUACUUAAAAUCCUGCUGGACCGUGGUGCAACACUGCCCAUGCCGCACGACGUCAAGUGCGGCUGUGAUGAGUGUGUGACAUCUCAGACCAGCGAUUCUCUGCGUCAUUCCCAAUCACGUAUUAACGCUUAUCGGGCACUCUCGGCCAGUUCCCUUAUAGCCCUCAGUUCACGUGAUCCUGUGCUGACCGCAUUUCAACUGUCCUGGGAACUGAAGCGUCUGCAGGCCAUGGAAUCGGAGUUUCGUGCAGAGUACACGGAAAUGCGUCAAGCAGUGCAGAAUUUUGUGACAGCAUUAUUGGAUCACGCUCGCACCUCUAUGGAACUGGAAGUGAUGCUCAACUAUAAUCACGAACCAUCGCAUGAGAUUUGGAGUCCGGGCCAUCGUCAGACUCUAGAACGUCUUAAGCUCGCCAUUCGCUAUAAACAAAAAACGUUUGUAGCUCAUCCGAAUGUGCAGCAACUGUUGGCUGCCAUUUGGUAUGAGGGUUUGCCUGGUUUUCGACGCAAACAAGCCUCGCAGCAGCUUUUGGAUGUUAUCAAACUGGGUUGCAGUUUUCCCAUCUACAGUUUAAAGUAUAUUCUGGCCCCGGAAUCCGAUGGUGCCAAGUUCAUGCGCAAGCCCUUUGUCAAGUUCAUCACACACUCCUGUUCCUACAUGUUCUUCCUGAUGCUUUUGGGUGCUGCAUCGUUGCGAGUGGUGCAAAUUACAUUUGAGUUGUUGGCUUUUCCAUGGAUGUUGUCUAUGUUGGAUGAUUGGCGGAAACACGAACGUGGCUCACUGCCUGGCCCUAUUGAGCUGGCUAUCAUUAUGUAUAUAGCCGCGCUGAUUUUUGAGGAACUCAAGUCUUUAUACUCCGAUGGCUUAUUUGAGUACAUUAUGGAUCUAUGGAAUAUUGUGGAUUACAUAUCGAAUAUGUUCUAUGUGACUUGGAUUCUCUGUAGAGCCACAGCUUGGGUCAUAGUGCAUCGGGACCUGUGGUUCAGAGGGAUUGAUCCGUACUUCCCACGCGAGCAUUGGCAUCCCUUUGAUCCCAUGUUACUCUCAGAGGGCGCUUUCGCUGCAGGCAUGGUCUUCUCCUAUUUGAAGCUCGUUCACAUCUUCUCGAUCAAUCCGCAUUUGGGACCAUUGCAAGUUUCGCUGGGACGCAUGAUUAUCGAUAUCAUCAAGUUCUUCUUUAUCUAUACUCUGGUGCUGUUUGCCUUUGGCUGUGGCUUGAAUCAGUUACUUUGGUAUUAUGCAGAGUUGGAGAAAAACAAAUGCUACCACUUGCAUCCCGAUGUGGCGGACUUUGAUGACCAGGAAAAAGCCUGCACCAUCUGGCGUCGUUUCUCCAAUUUGUUUGAGACUUCGCAGUCGCUGUUUUGGGCCUCCUUUGGUCUCGUGGACUUGGUCUCCUUUGACUUGGCUGGCAUCAAGAGCUUCACUCGUUUCUGGGCGCUUCUGAUGUUUGGAUCGUACUCAGUAAUAAAUAUUAUUGUAUUGCUCAACAUGUUGAUUGCCAUGAUGUCCAAUUCGUACCAAAUUAUUUCGGAGCGAGCUGACACUGAGUGGAAAUUUGCACGCUCACAGCUGUGGAUGAGUUACUUUGAGGAUGGAGGCACCGUGCCACCACCCUUCAAUCUCUGCCCCAAUAUGAAAAUGUUGCGAAAGACUCUUGGUCGCAAGCGACCUUCUCGAACCAAGAGUUUUAUGCGCAAGUCCAUGGACAGGGCACAGACGCUACAUGACAAAGUGAUGAAGCUGCUGGUUCGACGUUAUAUUACCGCCGAGCAGAGACGUCGUGACGAUUACGGCAUCACCGAGGAUGAUAUCAUUGAGGUACGCCAGGAUAUUAGCUCCCUGCGAUUCGAGCUGCUGGAGAUUUUUACCAAUAACAGCUGGGAUGUGCCCGACAUUGAGAGGAAGACACAAGCUGCCGCCCGCACCACCAAGGGCAAGGUUAUGGAACGUCGUAUUAUGAAGGACUUUCAGAUCGGUUUUGUGGAGAAUCUGAAACAGGAAAUGAAUGAGAGCGAGAGUGGACGCGAUAUCUUCUCCUCUCUGGCCAAGGUUAUUGGCAGAAAGAAAACGCAAAAAGGUGAUAAGGACUGGAAUGCCAUUGCCAGAAAGAACACUUUUGCUGCCGAUCCAAUUGGCUCGAAGCGCUCUUCCAUGCAGCGUCAUAGCCAGCGCAGCUUGAGGCGCAAGAUUAUCGAGACGGCGAACGAGGGACUCCAGAUGGACCAAAGGCAACUGAUUGAAUUCAAUCCGAACUUGGGCGAUGUUACGAGAGCCACGCGAGUCGCCUAUGUGAAGUUCAUGCGCAAGAAGAUGGCAGCCGAUGAAGUGUCCACAGGUGAGGACGAGGAGAAACCCAAGGACGAGGAGGGGAAGAAGUUAGAUACCAGUGGCUCCAAAAAAGCAGCUUCUGGCUCAAUGUUGGCAGCUGCCGCUUUGCGAGCUUCCGUUAAGAACGUUGACGAGAAAGAUACGAUGAGAAAGACGACAGAUGAUAAGAAUUCAAGUGACAAAAAGCCAAGUGACAAUAAUAAACCAGUAGCUGGUAAACCAGGUGAACAAAAACCAAUGCCACCUGCCAGUAAACCAUCUUCCACCACAUCAAAUGGCGCCAAGUCCAACGACCAACAGAAACCCAACGAUGCAGCUAAGCCCAAUGCACCUGCUCCGCCUUCCAAGCCAACUGAUGUUAAGCCAGCAGCUCCCAAGGCAAAUGAAACUAAGCCACAAGCUGCUGCCAAGAAGGAGGAAGCGGCUAAGACGGAGGCAGCCAAGCCAGCAACGGCAUCUGGAGCAACUGCAAAGAGUGCAGCACCUUCGGCUCCUGCAGAUGCAAAGCCGGACACCAACACCAAAACAACAGCCUCCGCAACGCCCAGCGGCACCAAGGCGGCAAAUGAAUCCAGCGGAGGGGCUAAUCAGCCAGCCAAGCCGGAUGAUAAGAAAACUGGACAGGAACAGAAGGGUACAGAUGAUAAGAAGCCGGGCGAAUCCAAGCCCAAGGAAGAGGCUGCCAAGUCAGCCUCCGAUGCAAAGUCUCCCAGUGAUGCCAAGACAGGUGACAAAAAAGCUGAUGAUGACAAGAAACCAGGAGAUGAUAAGAAAGCGGCUCCAGCCCCACUCAAACCCGCCAUCAAGGUGGGUCAAAGCAGCGCUGCAGCUGGUGGUGAUCGAGGCAAGUCUACAGUCACAGGACGCAUGAUCUCUGGAUGGCUGUAGGCAAAUUUAAGGAUUAUUUAUCAAUAGAUAUUAUAAUCAUAGAAGAUAAACGUAUGUAAGUUAUUAAAAUCUGUGUGACCAAUAAAAGCGAAUGUUAAACAAGUUUCAUUUG